GAGCUCUGCACCAAGAUCUCUCUCUGCGACGCCCUCAUUGUUCGCAGCGGGACGAAGGUUAGCCGCGAGGUCUUCGAGUCUUCCUCUGGUCGUCUCCGGGUUGUCGGCCGUGCUGGAGUUGGGAUCGAUAACGUUGAUCUCUCCGCCGCCACUGAGCAUGGUUGCCUCGUCGUCAAUGCCCCUAAUGCCAAUACUGUGGCCGCAGCCGAGCACGCCAUUGCCCUACUCGCCGCCAUGGCACGCAACGUUGCACAGGCCGAUGCCUCCCUUAAGGCUGGUUCGUGUAACCUUUACCCCUUAAUUUCGUUAUUUCAAUUUAUGUGA